UGCUUUCUUUCGCAAGCGCUCCAGCGAUAUCUUGUCGUUUACCCUGUUAGACUUUCACAAACAAGACAACGGCAUGAAAGCUGCUGGUGACGUAAAGGAAACAAGUAUUCUAGUGCUGUAGGAUUCUAAUUUUAACUUCUCACUUGUUGACCACGGACCACACCGACAACUAGAGUGAAAGAUUUACAUGCAAAGCUCAAGUAUGGAUGUCGUCUUCAAGGAGGGGAAGCUCUAUCUUCAAGGGGUCAAGUUUGGGAAAAGAACAUGGCGUAAGAUAUGGAUGGCGCUCUUUAAGCCCAGCCCCACGGGGGUCGGGCGCGUGGAGCUCUCCACGGGCCUCAACACCAACGCCGCCAGUGACCAGAGGAAGGUCGGUCGGCAGAAGUCGUCCGAGAGGAAAGUGGUGCGUCUGAGCGACUGCCUCAGCGUCAAGCUCGCUCCGAGUGAGUCGUGCCCUCCCGGGUGCGCCGCCUUCUACCUGCACACCAUCCAGUGCACCUACACCCUGGCCUCCACCACGAGCCAGGAGUGGCUGAGUGCCCUCUGCACUCUGGCCUUCCAGAAGGAUCCUGGGGAUCCACACGAAGGGGCUUUCGAGAGAGGAGAUGGCUUGACCAUGGAGGACAAUGACCUUUACUCAUCUUGGACACCCGAUCCGACCCUUCUUCCAAAUCAGUACCACGUGACCAUCCAGAGCACAGAGGCAUCCAGGAGGUGCAAAUUGGCCGGCGAGUAUCUGGUCUCUCCAGAACACGAGGCUGUGAGGCUGCUGGACAUCAGUACCGGUCACAUAUUCUAUCGCUGGCCAUACAAGUUCUUACGCAAAUUUGGCCUGGUUGAGGGCGGAUUCAGAAUAGAAGCCGGCCGUCGCUGUGAGUCGGGAGAAGGAGUGUUCAUCUUCCUGUCCAGGAAGGGCCCCGAGGUCGUCCAGGUUAUAUCCAAGCAGUGCUCUAUCCAGCCACGUGAUGUCCACCGAAGGUCCUUAUGUGACCUGUCAACUGUUAUCCUCCCAACCAUAACCUGCAAGCCCGCCGCCCCCCACGUCUACAGUGCCGCAGAUGAUUCUGAUGACACAGAGGGCGAGUCCGCCGACCACUACUCUACCAUCAACGACCGCCUCGUACGGGAUGUAAGGCGGCUGUCUCUCGCCAGAAAUAGUCUCUCUGUGGGGGAAGAAGGUGAAGACGAGGAUGAGCGGUGUCAAUCCCUGCCAGCUGGCAGCCUGGACAGUGUGACGGAGCGCAACGUUUACUACAACCUAACAAGAACCUCACACCCUCUGAUCAGAAACGACGACCUCCGACAGGAGACGGACUCAGGGUGCAUCUACUCCCACCUCAAAUCCGUCCAUUACCCGGCGACGAAUCCCCGGCCGCGGUCCUUCUCGCCACCGCUGCCUCCGCCCGCUGCCCAGCCCCCUCCCUUCGCCCUUCCCCAGUCGGCCCCCGGCUCCCCAGCCAAGCCGCGAUACCAGCGCCAGCCCCCUGCAAAUGACCACAUCCAGCCGGGGUCCAAUGCCCAGGCCCAGGCGCCGGAUGACAUGAGGGAGAUGGAGGAGGCCACCUCCAAAGAGGCCCCUGGCAGUUUUAAACAGAGGCUGGCUGAGAUCAUUUCUAAGGACCUGGCAAAGUUCCAACCGCCUCUUCCCUCCGGGGCGGGCAGCCCCGCUCCUUCUUAGUAGGCCAUUAGUUAAGGGACAGGCUAGGAGGAGCAAUUUUGUCCAUGAUAGACUGCCAUGAAAGGGUAUUAGUUUCGUUAUAUCUUUAAAAUCACCUCCUCUGGGAACACUUGGCGUCGGAUUUUGGCUCGCAGAUGUUUGUGUGUUUAUCUGUUAGCCGCAUGAAAAGGCAUCUCGAAAAAACAUUUUUUUUUUUUGUUGCAAAAAAGAAAAUUGAAGCCAUGUUGGUUCUUCACUGCUGAAAUGUUAAAAAGAGCUUCAUGUGCUGCACAGGCAUUGAUGGGACAUUAUCUGAUAAGCUGAUUGAACACUUGGCUGGUGGACUGUUUCCAUAUAAAAUAAAAAUGUUUUAGUGAGUUAGACAACAUAUUGGAAUUAGCUUCUUGUCGUUCAUGUUUUUCCUUAAAGAGAACAAGGGGUGUUCUCAUUAGGGGGGUGACAAGUGUGAUAAGUUAAGCACCAACUACUACAUUUUGGACGUGGAUGCUGGAGUUCACUUCACAUUGUAUAAAUAUUGACUCAGUUUACGCAACUGGAUUGCCAACCAAAAAAAGAAACAACUUGAAAUCUUGAAAUGCACACACACUUUGGGUAUAUCUUUAUUGUAGCAAAACAUUGCUCAAAAUACACCAUAACUAUACAUAAAUACCAAAAUAAUUAUUUUAAUUUAGGCACAAAUGACACUAGGAAUGUCUUGAUUCAGGCCAUAAAGUGCAUUCAUAAAAAGUCCUCUUAGAGUUCA